AUGAGCUCGAUCCCUCCCAAGUCAGGCCUCCAACCUCAAGGACAGAGCACCUCGACCCAGGCCGCCUCCUCUCCCGCACAAUCUGCCUCGCCGUCGACGGCGCCUCGUUCCUACGCCAGCGCCACCAAGAAGUCCGCGACGGACUCGACCGCCGCGCCCGUCACUGUGGGCGGCUCGUCGCAACAUGGGAAGUCGACCUCAGCAUCUCCUGUGAGCGGCAAACCCAUGCAGCAGUCCCAAACCCCCGGCGUCACCAUCGUCAAUGGCGCCCCGGCUCCUCAAAGUGAUCACUCUCGCAAGCCUUCGGUGACCAUUACUUCUGCUGGCACCUCCGGUUAUAUUCCCAACGGCGGCCAAACCGGUCGUCCCAACAGCCUGCAGUUCGGCUUCGCCAACCAGCAGUCCUCGCCUAGCAUGGGCAAUCCCGCAUCUUUGGCCACUCAGCCUCAGUCCGGUCUUGGUGUCACUCCGCCCGUGAACCCCCGUGUGACUUCUCCCCAGACUUCGCCUUCUCCUAUUCCCCAACCCGCCUCCAGCGGUGGCCGGCCACCGCCGUCGACCUACCAGGCGCAGGGUAAUGUUCCCAACUUUGGCAGCUUUGGCGAUGCUGGCGAUAACAUGCGCGCGGCUCCACAGGCACCCCUUGGCCCCGGUCCUCAGUCGACCCACCUGCGCCGCGAAUCUUCUCAGUCGACUCACAGCGAUAUGAGCAAUCACAUGGGUAGUGUUUCUGGACGUGGAGGUUACCCUCACCAGGGCGGUCGCGGCCGUGGCUAUUCUCAGUCGAGCUAUCAGGGUCAGGUGGCUUACUCUCCAGGUCCCAACUUCCGCACUACACCCAACCAGACCCGGGGUGCUCCUACUAUGCCUCCUUCGUUCCAUCCUUCUAACCAAGGACGUCCGCUCGGGCCUUUCCCGAACUCCCCUCAUCAAGCGAGCCGCAGUCCCGCGCUCGCCAAUGCGCAUCCUGUGACUCCCCAAAUGAACCAGGUCCCUAUGGCGCAUGCCCAGAUGCCCCCGCAAGCGUACGGAUAUGCACAGCCGAUGGCACCCCAGAAUGUGAGAACCCCCCAUAAUAAACCCUUUCGACGUGGAUAUGGAGGACCCAGAAGGAAAGGAUCUUAUCGGCGCCCAUCUCUUUCACCCAUUUACGCUUCAACUGCUAAAGCACCCCUUCCACCCAUUCCGUCCAUAAAUCUGGCACCAGAAAGUGGGGAUUUUGAGCAAUGUCUAAUGCUGAUGAAAUCCAACCAGGCCUACCCCGGCUACGAUCCCACCGCCUACAGCUACUACCCCGGCUACCCCAUGGCUGGUGUCCAGUACAUGGCUCCUCCAUCUCCGCAGCCCCGGCCUGGAAUGCCCUUCAACCCCCAGGCGCCAUACAUGCAGAGCCAGUACCCCGUUCAGCCGCCUUCCCAAGGCACGUCGCUGUCUCGUACGCCCUCGCAAAUGUCUAACGACCGCCCUGGUUCUAGCCUUGGUCAGGGCCAGCCCCCUGCUGGUCCUCCUGGCACUGGCCAUGCUCACACCGCAAGCCGUUCGUCGAAUAGCCCCGGUCCCGCGAAGACGCCGUUUUUCACUCCUGCCAAGAAGAGUAGCGCGAUCGUCAUCAAGGAUCCCGGCAGCGGUGCAGUGAAGACGUUUGAGAAGGCCCCUGCCUCGCCAGCCCGCAUCACCCCCUCCCCUGUCAAGAUUGCUACUCCCACCUCAACUCCCCCCCCCCGCACUGGUAGCAGCGCUGAUCACGCUCGGACCGAGUCCAAGUCUAUCAAGACCGACGAGGAGAAGAAACAAGAGCUGAAGGAAGCUGUUCGCCAGAAGAUCGAACAGGAAGAGGCUGAGCAGCGCCGCAAGGCAGAGGAGGAGGCCGCCGCCGCCCAACGCAAGAAGGACGAGGAGGAGGAGGCUGCCCGCAAAAAGGAGGAAGAGGAGGUCGCUCGUAAGAAGCAGGAGGAGGAGGAGGAGGCUGCCAAGAAGGCUGCCGAUGAAGAGGCCGCUCGCAAGAAGCUCGAAGAGCUGAGUCUCAAAGAUAAGCCGGCUGAGACCAAGGCGGAAGAGCCCGCUAAGCCUGCCGAGUCUACUCCCGCCCCCGCUCCCGCUGACGACGAUGAAAUCGACUAUGAUGCCAUUGAGCGUGAGAUGGCCGAGAUUGAGGCCAAGGAGCGCGAGGCCGAGGCUGCUUACUAUGCUAAGAAGCAGGCCGAGAAGGAGGAGAAGGAACGCAAAGAGAAGGAAGAGCGCGAGGCGUAUGAGGCCAACAUGAAGCAGGCUGAGCGUGAGGCCGAGGCUAUCGAGGAAGCUCGUGCCAAGAAACGCGAAGGCGGCGUUGUCUCUGAAGAGGAUCAGAAGAAGAAGGAUCUUUUCGCCUCGCUCAAGAAGGGUGGUUUCUCUGCUACGGAGACCAGCACCGAGAGUGGAACUGCUACGCCCGCUUCUGAUAUGGGUCCCCCUGCUAAGCCUGCGAGCGCCCUCAAACAGAAGCCUGCUGCUCUCAAGCUGGAGACCAGCAAGGCUAUCGAGCCUCCUCAGCCCAGCGCUGCUAUGAAGUCUCUUCACUCUGCUCGCUUGAUUGAUGAUCUUAGCAAGAUCACGUAUCCGGAAUCGAUUGCUUCACCCAACCCGGCUUUGAACGCCAAUGCCCCUACCGAUCGCAAGUUCCACUACAACAAGGAGUUCUUGCUUCAGUUCCAGAAUGUCUUCAAGGAGAAGCCAUCGAUCGAUUGGGAUCUGCGCGUGCGGGAGACCGUCGGUGACAGUGACUCGUCGCGUCCCCAAUCGGCUCGCACUCCGAUGGCCAGCGGCCGCCAGAGCUCCCGCCCCGGCCUCGGUCAAGGGUUCCCAAUGGGCAACUUCGGCCAGCCUGGCAACCGCCACAGCUUGCCUCCUGGCACCACCUCCGAACAGCGUUUUGCUAUGUCUCGCCAAGCUUCUGCCGUUGGCACCCCCUUCGGUUCCUUCGGUCGCGGUCUGAGCGUCGGUGGCCCCAUUGGCCGCACUAACUCGACCCCUAUGCACCCCGGCAUGCCCUCGCCUCGCCCUGGCUCCGGCCGCUCUGCCACGCGCAACAGCAGCAAGCGCGACAAGCAGCAGGCCAAGAAGGAAGAGGACAUGGCCAAGUCUAUGCCUCUCACCGCUGGUAAGGAGGUUGAGGCUCUUCAGGUCUCUACCACCGGUUGGAAGCCCCGGAGUAUCGGCCAGGCUGCCACUGCUGGUCCUACUCCUGCUGGCUCAGCUCACUUGCCUCCGGAUGUGGUGCAGCGUAAGGUGAAGGCUGCUUUGAACAAGAUGACGCCUGAGAACUUCGAUCGUAUCUCUGGUCAAAUCUUGGAGAUCGUUUCCCAGUCCAAGGAUGAAUCGGAUGGACGCACCCUGCGCCAAGUCAUUCAGCUUACUUUCGAGAAGGCUACCGACGAGGCUCACUGGGCUUCCAUUUACGCCAAGUUCUGUAAGAGCAUGCUUGAGAGCAUGAGCCCCGAGAUCAAGGACGAAAAUAUCCACGACAAGAACGGCAACGUUGUCGCCGGUGGAAGCCUGUUCCGCAAGUACCUUCUCAACCGUUGUCAAGAAGAGUUUGAGCGUGGAUGGAAGGUCAAUUUGCCUCCUAAGCCCGAGGGUCAGACAGAGGAAGCUGCUAUGAUGUCCGACGAGUACUACAAGGCCGCUGCCGCCAAGCGUCGUGGUCUGGGUCUCGUCAAGUUCAUUGGUGAGCUGUAUAAGCUGGGCAUGUUGACUGAGCGUAUCAUGCACGAGUGUGUGAAGAAGCUUGUCGAUUAUGAGGGUAUGCCCGAUGAGGCCGAGGUCGAGAGCUUGACCAGUCUUCUGCGCACUAUCGGUGCUAGCCUGGACGCCUCGGAACGAGGACAUGCGAUGAUGGACGCUUACUUCCAGCGUAUCAGCUUGAUGAUGCAGACGCCUGGAUUGCCCAGCAGAUUGCGAUUCAUGUUGAUGGAUAUUCUCGACCUUCGUAGUGCCCGCUGGGUCUCCAAGGAUGCCGACAAGGGCCCUAAGACUAUCCAGCAGAUUCGUGAAGAGGCUGCUCGCGCCCAACAAGAGGCCGAGAUGGAGCGUCUUCGCCAGCAGGCGAACCGCGGCAGCCGCCCGACCAUGGGUCGUGGUGACGCCCGCAGCUACAGUAAUUACGGUAACCAGGCUCCUCCUCAAGACUUUGCCUCGAGCAAGGUUGGCAGUGACGAUCUCCGUCGUCUACGGACGACACGUAACACCAACCAGCCCAUGUCUUUCGGACCUUCUAGCAUGCUGGGCUCCCGCAGCAACAGCGGACGGAAGAACCUUGGCCCUGGUGGCAACCUGGUUCGUGGCAGUGAUGACAGUGCUGCUAGCAGCCGCACUGGCACUCCUCCUGUCGGCAAAAAGGAGGAAGUUACCUCGAUCAACGCAUUCAGUGCUUUGGCUAGCUUGGAAGACCGGGACAACAUGGCUACCUCCCCGCCAUCGAACCCUACCUCCCCUCUGCUGACCAAGUCGCAACCCGCCGUUGAGCGCCGACCCUCCAAGACCCCGUCCACUGCCGGCGAGGAAGCCUCAUAGAUUCUCAUGCAAUGACAAUACAAAAAUGAUUUCGUUCUUCUGGAAAGAUUUCUACGUUUACUGUUGCCCCUUUUGACACUUUGUCACGACAUGUCUGUGAUUUCUUAUGAACAUUCCUCCUAAUCUUCUCGUCCAUGAUUUUCUUUUCGCCAGCAAGAUCGGUCGCUCAUCUAACUUCCGUGGGAAAGAUAGAGGGAGCUUGUCGACUUUCCCUUG